AGAUCUUCGUGCGCACAAUGCCAUAAUAGAUUAGUGUGUAAAUGGGAGUGCAAAACAGAAUAUUUAAUUUUGUCUGAGUAAUAUGAGUGGAUGUAUGUUGUAUUAAAGUAUAUUAAUUUAUACAGACUGCUUUCAUACUAUUUUCUGCUGCUAUGAUAGUUGAACGAGACCCAAAAAAGCGCAGGGUAAAGCCCGUUGGACCAGCCCACCAGUCGCUGUUGGAUUUUGAUCUGGGAGAGAGUUCUGAUGACAGUGACUUUCGCAUAGAAGAUCACUUUGAGGAGUCUGACGAUGAUUCUAUAGAUUCAGACGACGAUGGUGGGACAAAAGAUGAUGCGAAUGAAGAUGAAGAUGAUGAUGAUGAUGAUGAUGAAGAUGAAGAUGAUAAUGAGGAUGAUGAUGAUGAUGCCGAAGAUUCAGAAGACAGUGCUGGAGAAAUCCUCCCAGAUGUGAAACAUCCAGUGACUCUCCAACAGAAUGUAACAAUUGGAGACGUGAUUCAGCAAGCGAAACAACGGCAAGCUGAGACAAAACAUCAGUUCGAUCUGAAGGAGGCCGUGAAAGUUCUCAUAUGCUGUGGCUGCUUGGGCGACAGGAGUGAUGACGCAAAUGAAAUUGUUGAAUGUGAUGGUUGCGGAGUUACUGUUCACGAAGGUUGCUACGGAGUAUCUGACACAGCAAGUGUGUCAAGCACAAUAUCAUCAUGUUCAACAGAACCGUGGUUUUGUGAAGCAUGUCGUGCUGGGGUCACAAAUCCUACAUGUGAAUUAUGUCCAAAUUCAGGCGGUAUCUUCAAGGAGACGGAUGUUGGCAAAUGGGUUCAUUUAGUAUGUGCUUUAUAUGUGCCUGGAGUUGCAUUUGGUGAGGUUGACAAGCUUUCGAGUGUGACCUUGUUUGAGAUGCCAUACAGCAAGUGGGGUGCUAAAACUUGCUGUCUCUGCGAAGAUGCACGCUUCAGUCGCACUGGUGUCUGCAUAGGGUGUGAUGCUGGAAUGUGUCGCACUUUCUUUCAUGUUACGUGUGCUCAGAGGGAAGGACUUUUGUCAGAAGCUCAUUCUGAGGAAGUUGACCAGGCUGAUCCCUUCUAUGCCCACUGCAAAAUGCACACUGACAAAGCACUUAUGAGGAGACGUCGCCGCAAUUGGUUGGCCCUGCAGUUACGUACUAAACAGCGUCAGAUAGAAUACCAGCAGGUAGGCCACAGUAACACAACUGAGCAGCUGCGAAUUCAACGUAAACUUGCCAAGUAUCGGCAAAAGUACCUGUCACACAAAACAUCAAGGAUUCCUCCAUGGGUACCAACUCAGAAGAUGCCUCGGUUGCUGACCACAAGUGCGUCUGCAUAUCGGAAGUUGCUACACAAAGCCGAACUCAUGGGCAUUGACACUCAGGCGCUGGAGAUUCAGGAAGCCCAAGUGGCAGCUCUUGUUGAUGUUCGCAAGAAAUGGCAUAUCCCUCCUGCCUUCAGUGUGGAAUUCAUUGGCUAUUACUUGGAUCGUAAUGUGAGGUUAACCAGUAUGAAGAGAAAGCUGGAAGAUCUACUUGAAGUGAACAACCAGCUUCAAGAUGAACAGCAAACAUUGAGACAUAAAUACGACCAACUGCUGAAAGAGAAUGCAGACCUCAGCAGGACAAGCAUCACCUUGAAGCAGAUAGUUCACAAGUACCAUUCUGCUAUCCUCCACAUCUGUCCGUCCAAAGAUCUACCUGCGAUUGAUGAGCUCGGUAAACCUCCACCUCGUGUGCUGGCAGUAUCCCCAACUGGUUUUGCAUCAAGACCACAAACAGGUCGAUCAGAAGGACGACUUCCUAAUCAGAGAUCUGAAGCAGGUCCAAUCCCACUGAAUGAAUGUGGGAUUUGCCAUCAGACAAAAGACCAGCAUCUGCUGGCCAAGUGUGACACCUGCCACCUUUUCUAUCACUUGGGGUGCCUCAAUCCCCCGCUCACUCGUAUGCCCAAGAAGACCAAACUCAUGGGAUGGCAGUGUUCUGAGUGCGACAAAGAGUCAUCAGGUUCUGACUUUGAGGUCGUAGACACUGAGGCCCCACGUCGACUUCGACACAACAAGGAAGCUGAGAAACCUCUGACACCAUUGACACCAAGGGUAACAAUCAAACCCAUAGAGCCACAGCCAGUUGGUCCACCAAGACCAGUGUUUACAAUUCGAGGUGCUGGUUCCCCUACAGCAACUGUAACCUCACCUUUGGUGCUGAAUUGCAAUGUGGUGGGAGUCACAAGUAAUUCAGUGGAGCAUCAGGGACAGAGGCAGAGCAAGAAGAGACGGAGGGAGAAGCAUCAUCGUUACUCUCCUGACUUGCAAGGAGUGAGCCCUAGUAAGGAGCACAAACGCAAACGCAAGAGGAAGAGCCUUGAUGUUGAAAACCCCAACGUACAAGAGACACCCAGAAUUAGGAUAAAGAUCAAACCAAUACCAAUGCCAGUUGGGGAGGGAGCAUCAUCGUCUGGUCCUCAGAUGUUUGUUGCAACUUCGAGUACGGAAACAAUAUCAACUCCUUCACCGAUUGUUGCCAGGGCCCGAACUAGUAGUGGUAGGGUAUCAUCAGGCAACAAGAAGGCAAAGGACACAGAUAUCAUGACAAAGUGUGAUGUAUGCAGUGCACCAGGCUCCAAUGAGAAUCUUGUUAGAUGUGAUGAAUGUAUGAAGUGUUUCCACUUCACUUGCCUGGAUCCACCUGUAAAGAAGACACCAAAAAGAAGAGGUUAUUCUUGGCAUUGUGCAGAUUGUGACCCUACAGAAACGGACUCUGACAAUUAAUAUUCUGAUUUUUGUAUAUCACCAAUCAGCCACGACUGGUACUAACAACAGAUAUAUCCAAGUUUUUAAAAGAGAACUGAUAUAAUCGUUCUUGUCUUGAAAUCAUACUUAUCCUGUGUCAUCUCAAUACUUUUGUAUUAACAGGUGAUUGAAGUAAUAUUGAAUACUUUGCCACCAUGUUUUCUCCCUAGUUAGUGCUGGCGCCCAUGCAAAUUUAUAUCUAAAAUCAAAACCCAGUGCCUAACCUUAGAAAGUCUUUGGAUAUUCUUUUUUUUUUUUAAAUUAAACAAAGAGCCUUUUCAAAAAUGCAGCCAAGGCUUAACCUUUACAGAACAAAACCAAAGUCUUAACCUUGUGGAAAUGUUAUCUGAGGCAAAUUCUGAGGGUAGGCUUUGGGUCUUAUUUUUACAAGUAAACUUCUAAGGUUGGCAGUGCUAACACAGCAGACAACGUAGUUGUAACUUUUAAAGUUACUUGGAUCACCAGCCGGUAUGUAAGUACCGCCAGCCCCUCUUUUGUCACCAGUGUUCGUAACUUGUGUGAGUUGUAUAGUCAUUCCAGCUACAACAGAUAUCUUCUUGAAGACUAAGAAUGGUAUAUGUAUAGUAUGUCUGAAAUAUCAAGUGAGCUAUAUCUCAGAAUACAUUGACUUGCAAAAUAUUUAGCAGUGCUGCAUUCAAUUGCAUUUCGUUUGGUCAUAUUUCACAUUUCUGCAAUAGCUGAUUCUCGCCUAGCAAAUAGAGUAAUUUUGCUUUCAUUGUGUGGACUUUAAGGUUCUGAUGGCAAUGACUGUCAAGAAUACUAUCUCCUGGGAUGUCAUGAUGUGUAGUGCUUGCUUGGCUUAAUCUUUGACUUUGAAGAUAUGAGGAUUACCCUCCUCCAGAAUGUUGAUAAAAUUCUACCACAAAUAUUCAGGAUCACAGUCCAGAAAAUAAUGAUGUUCAGCCUCAUUUAAUUCAAAUUAUACACGCAUUGGAAGUUGGGUGUGAAAUGUCUUGCUUGUGGAGUAGGUGUAAAAGCGUAAAUAAUUUCCCAAUCUCAGCCAAUGUCGCACAUAGACUUUGCAUAGCAGCUACCAGUAAUAUGCAAGUGGUGUUCACAUUUGCAAGUCACUUGAGUAGUCACACUGUGGAAAUCGACAUGAAGUGACCCAGGACUGCAUGUGCCACAAAACAUUAUUUUCAAUCAUACUGAACAUCCCAGUGGAAUGGGUAGCAUUCCUGCUCUGUACUCAUAUGGUCUUGGAUUUAGAUCUCAGCUUGGAGACUAACUUUUCUGACCAGGUUUUUCUUUCCUCAGUCCCUCCAAGUAAUGCAGGGAUAGCUUUAAUUAUGGUAUGACUGCUUCUUUCCCCAUGCUUUCCAGUUAACUAUAUCCGAACCAUUCAACACUGCAUAGUGACAGCAUUAUUAGGUAAACUGUACAUAAAUACAAAUUAUUUGGUUAUCAGAAACUGUUUUAUUGCUUGGGAAUUUGUGCUUCAAUAUGCUACAGUAUAUUAUACUGCAGAAAUGUGUGAAUUUAUGUACAUCAGCAAAGACUGGAUGUUAUUGCAUGUAGAUCAGUAAGCCACACUCUGAUAUAUAGAAUUGAAUUUAAUUACAUUCAAGCAGUUUCUGAAGGAAUCAUCAUGUUACAGGGCAGUUAAGUAUGGCAGUCUUAUUCAGAAAACUUUGCUGGUGCUCUCAGCUGUAGCCUCAAAGUUGAAACAAACAAUGCAUUGGCAGAUGUGCAUCUGUGAUGAGUUUGCCAGUAUAUGCACAGACACAUACUGUCUCAAAGAACAGUACUUGUUGAAAGUAUGUUGUAUGGGGUAACCGUGAUGCCAUAUAUACAUAUUAUCAAUAGUUAUUCUAACUUAUAUUGUGUGAGAGACAGGAAAAAAUUGGUAUGGCAUUCUCUGUCCAGAGGGUAAAAUUGUGCUUGUUUUUGCCCUAUUCAUGGUGAAAUUCCAAAUAUACACAUAUAGCUUUGCGAUGUCUGUUGGUCCAUCUCUCCAUACAUAACAAUUCCAGAACUGCUAAUCAGUUUUUCAGUAAAUUUUAUAUUGGGGUUGUAGGAUUUGAGGUUUACACAGCAGUGGUUACGAAAAUUUCUAUCUUCUGGGAUAUAAUGCCGUGUAGUCCUUUGAAAAUCACCUGAAAUGUUAGACUACACAGCACUAUAUCCUGGAAGACAAAACUGUUUUGGUAUUGGGGAGUUUUACCAGAAUUUGUAGAAAUGUUUCAAUUUUGGUUGAAACUGGACAGAAAUAAUGGAUGCCCUACAUUGAUGACUUGACAUUUUCAUGAUGAAGACCUGAUUCAGGUUCAGUUGCUUCUGGACAUUUUUUCCGUGGAUAUGGAAACCAGUACGGUUUUAAUGUGUAUGGAAUAUUUAACAAUUUAAUGGCAUGGGCUGUGAUCAACAUAACUUUCUGUGUUGUAGCAAUGGUAUCUUGACCAUUCUGAUGUGGCAGAAAUAUGGAGAGUUAAAGUCAGUAGAAACAUGAUUGUAAUGUUUUGCAUCAUAUUGACUCAUAUAAAUUGUAUAUUGCUAAAAGUGGGACCCAGAGGCAACUGCAAAACAGGAUGACGUAGGGAAAUAUUAAUGUUUUACAGACUAGGACCUCUGGCGUGUUCUAAUUCAGAAUUAACUUCUCAAAGUAUGAAUCUUUUAACCCAGUUUGUAGAAAUCCUUAUGUAGGAUUUUGCCGCAUUAAGACCUUUGUACAUUUUAUAAAAUUGGUGACUAAAUUGUGAGAGUUUUGGUAAAGAGAUCACUAGCAGUUAUUUGAUGCGAAAAUUUUCCUCACACCAUGGAUCCUAUAUGGAAUAUAGGAAGCUCUGUGGUCAGUUAUUCCCAAAACUGUGUUUUGAAGUGUCCUUCAAACUAGGUAAAAUGAGUCCAUAAGAAGGAAGAGAGAGAUGAAGCAUUGUCAUGUACAUUACACUUAUCCUUACAGAAGUAAUUUGAUAGGUUAAAAAAGUCCUUGAGAUUUCAGGUCAUAGAUUAAGUACUUUUAUUGCACAAGUAAAAUUAUUUGCACCUCAUAUAUAUAUAUAUAUAUAAGAAAAUGGUGUUGCAGAAAGUAAGAAAGAAUUAUAUUCUCACACUUUUGUUGUGUUGCAAGCUGUAUGUGGUGCAUACCAAUAAAAGUGGAGGGGCUGCGAUCACACAAAUGAAUUUUUUUUUCUUUUAAUUCACAACAUGUUUUGGCACAGAUAGAUCAUCAGGCAAUUUUUGAGGAAACGACACAUGAUGGCGAGCAAUGCAGUAGCUUGACGUAAAUAACACCUGAGGAUGUCACAGUGAUGCCGAAACAUGUAGUGAAGUGACAUGUGAGAUUGAGUGCACUACAAGACAGCCAAUACAUACAUAUCAUGGACAACUGGUGAGAGACUACAUAUAAACUACAUUACUAGUACAGUUUUUAAUGGUUUUUUAUAUUUGCACUAUAGUUUAUAUUUAGUUUGCCAUCAUUUGUAUAUUUCCUCCACCUGAUGACCUCUCUGGGUCGAAAUAUGUAUUGUAUUGUGAACUGAUAAAUAAAAACGUGUGUGUGUGUGUGCUGGCAACCCUUGCACUUUUAUAUUCUCACACUCUGAGAACACUGGGAUGGAAGAAGGUGAGUGAGGACUGUCUGAUCAAUGGUGUGUUACAGGGUUAUGUAAGAUUUUCUGAAAUAUGGCUCAGAACAUUGGCUUGAAGCCAAAUGAAGGCAUCUGUUUUUCUUGUGUACAUUAAAUUACAUUACAUUACAUUCCCAGGAUUCCGAGUUAGUCAGAUGACUGAAGGAUGGGAAAUAGGUCAUAAAUACAAAAAAUGUGUGUACAGUACAACUGAAGUUUUCACAUAAGAAAAUACAAGGAAACACAGUGGUUACAUAUAAGGCUAUUCAAAAAUACAUCCAUGUACAUCCAUACUAUCAACUUGCUAUUUACACAGGAAAUGUGUAUCUAAGCAUGAAUGUGAAUAAAGUGGAAAAAAUUGUCUGGUAUGCUAUGAGUAGUGGUAAAUUCUUGUGGAUUGUAUGUUCACGUUUCUAUAAGACAUCUUUCUUUUAUGUUGUAUUACAAAAAAGAAAAAAAUAUUUGAGAGCAAUUAAUAAAGUUUUGAAAUUAGUCAUUUAAA